AUGGAAGACUCCGCCAUGGACGAGGCUGCCCCGUCGGCGACAGCCUUACUUGAUGCAAACAUGACCACAAUGGAUCAAAGCAUCGACGAAUUGUUUGGAGACGUGCCAGAUGGCUUGGCCGUGGACGGUCUAGUAGUGCCACUCAACACCGAACCUCUUGCACCGGAACUGGUGUCCCGCAUCGCCGAAAUGCAGACCCGAGGGUGCUGCGCCAAAUUGGCCUGGUCGAAUACUGGCAGCAUUGCUCGGAUCAAGGAUCAUGGCCGGAAAAUUGUAUUCCACACCUUGCGAAGAGAUUCGCACUCUGGGUCCUGGUCGCUGACGCGCGAUUCCAAAGACGUGCUGGCUCCUUCAGCCGGCGCAAGGUGGGAGCACAUCCAAUUCAGUAACCUCGGUAUCGACCUCGCCGCAGUCGAUACUCUAGGCCGUGUUACCAUCUACACCCUCACAGGUGCACUGGGAAAGAUGCAAGUAGCGCCUCACAGCAUAGUUCAGAGUGAGCUUCCCAGGUCCGAUUCAGAUGCUGUUGUUGGAUUGCACUGGCUACCCGUAUGGCCCAACGAGUUUCGGUUUCCGAACAUUUCACCGGCAACAAAAACAGGCGACAAGUGGUCGACGUUUAUGAGACAUAGUGAUCCGAGUCAGCCGAGAAUGCACCAUCCCGCUGAGAAUCGGCAUUCGUUGGUGUUCAUCGCUUGCGAUGGCAAGAUCACGCUGAUGUAUCAGAAUGAAGGCGUUUGGAACGCUGUGGACGCUCGACUCGGCGGCGUAAAUUCCUCCGCCGACUUCAUAUCUCACGCUGCGAUGAGCGAGGAAGAUGAUCAUCUACUUGUCGUUACUCACGAUAGAGCGGAGCGUGUCCAGCUCUACAAGGUUAACAUCAACUGGAACGCACCAGAGAGCGCAAAUACUGGAGGCCAGUCUUUGGUUGUCGCUCCGACCGUGAGCAUCCGGCAUUUGACUGUCGUAAGUUACGUGCUUCCACGUCACGCCGAAGCAGCAAGACUAUCACAUCUACGGAUUGUGAGCUCUAUCCCGAGUAACGCGAGCGACCCCAACAUGCUCUCAUUUCCGACCAUUUUCGCCAUCUUUACGCGUGCGUCCCUGUCAGCCGAUGGCACUCAGCAGCAUGAGGAGGCCUUCAGCAUCAUCUCAAGAUGGCAUGUGGAAUCUGCGGUGCCUUCGCUUCACGAAGCUUUUGGCAAACUAAAGUCUAACGGUACCGGAGCGUCCCCGCAAAACACUUCGACGAAUCUUCGGAGACAAGAGGACGUCUUCACGCCAAAGCUUGUGCUGUCGUUCACAGCGCAAAACUUCAACACCAUGCUCGCUCUUGUCGCCAGUGACGCUACGAUUAAUUUCCGAGACCGAGUCACCAUGGCCAGCAUCGAACCAUAUCCUGACCCCGGGACGGUCUCGAACCUGCCGCAAGCUGGGUUUGAGCAUCUGAUGGAUCGGCAUCAUGUGCAUGUCGCCAUGUCAGCAGAUGGUAGCGCCCUCGCCGCCGUAAAUGCGGAUGGUGAGCUGCAACACAAGCUAAUGGUAUUGCGGUAUGCGUGGCAUCCACUCAUGGAGGAUGGUGGGCUGCUCGAGGCUGCCGUGGUAUGUCUAGCAAGACAAUACUCCAUCCUCUGCUGCACCAAUGUCGCCAAUGACGAAACGCUAGCGCUCAUGCCGCUGGACCUUGGCACGGAUAUGCGGUCGUUGUUUGUGAAAGAGGUCAUCAAAAUGCUCGGCCGCAAUCUGGACAUUUCGAUGCAGGAUGCCAGCCGUCAGCAGCAGAUGGCGGUCAGGGAAGUACUCUUACCAAAAGCCAUCAGCGCGCAAUACCUUACCGGACGCAAGCCUGGCAGCAUGGAAUUGACUUUUGCCGGCAAAUACGCGUGGGCAUUCCUGAACAUGCGUUUCGCCGCAACAACUCUCGUCCAAGUCUUCACCAAGCCCGACAUUUUCCAGCGUCCCGAGCAUCUCGUUUCCCUGCGAGGCAUCAUUCAGUGGAGUUCCGACCUCCUGGUCUUCGUUGCGGAUAGUGUCAUGGCCAUUCGGCGUAAUUUGAAGCGCUCAAAGGGACAGUCGAUUGGCGAAAUUUGUGAACACUUCAUCGCCGAGCAGGACAACCCGGUGGUGCACAUGCUUCUCUGCACCUUUUCGAGGGUCUACUUGCGCUUCCUGGCGUCGUACCUCCCCAAGUUCCUGGCGGGUGUAAGCAAAAGCAUCCCCAGUGGCCGCUCGACGACAGAAAUACGACAGUUGACGGAACUCUUCGAGAUGGGCCUCUCGCUGCCAUUCAAGUAUGGAGAGAUGGAGGCUUUUCUUGCUGCGGUCGACACCGCCGUUCGCGACGCAUAUACUCAGGGAGCCGUCACGGCUGGCCGGAGAUGGGACGUCGAACUAUCUACCAUCUGCUGUGAUCCCAGCAUUCCCGAAGAGCUCCGGCCGGCCCUUCAGAGCGUAUUCGAGUCGGCGGUACCGAAGCUGAUGGAGCGAGCGGACCAGGGCAAGCUUUACUUUAGGGACACUUCCUGGCUUGGAAUCGACUCGCAGGCGAAGUCACAGCAAUAUGAUGUGAUUCGCAAGCUGCCGUUGACCCAGAGCAUGAAGCUGAGGGUGUGCCGGCGAUGUGGCUCGUACAUGGAGGAGAUGUUGGCGGAAAGGAUGAAAGAGUCGGCGCCGACCUUGCUGCACCUGGGUCGGCAUUGUGUGUGUACUAGUUACUGGAUUGCGGGGUGA